CCCUCCUUACCCGGGAGUGGCCAUCCCACUCGCCUUUCCUGAAUGUUUAUUGGUCAUUUCUAUCUGAUUUUCUACCAAUCAUCGUAUACCCGUCGUUUCACCCCCAUCCAUCACCUGGGGGCGGGCUACCUAAUGCAUGUCUCUCCUUGCCUUGCUAUAGCGGGCUUCUUAUCCGCCGCGCCGAGACCGAACCUGUUCGCCAAUCCUCGCCCACCAACUUGCACUUUCAUAUCAGUUAUCGCCGCCAUUACGGAAUACGGCUGCUGCUUACGUUGGCUUUAUCUUUGCCGCGUCCUUCCUUCCUUACUAAGACCAACCGGCAAGUUGUGUCCCGGAAAGUGUAUCGGCCGAGACCGUGAAAGGCCAUCAGUACACUUUAGCAAGUAAACGCUAAGGCAUUGACCGUCCAUCUGAAUUCGCAAGCUCAAGGCUGGUCCCAUGAUACAAUGACCAAGACAACCAGCCUCACGCGACCCAAAAUGAAGGGCCAGGCGGGCCAACGGUCGGCAGUCGAGCAUCGCCACCCGGCACUGAGACGUCAUGAUGAAAAAACUCUUGCCUUCACCGACACGGCAGGGCCAUCACGAGGACCGGUUUCCCCUGUGAGGUUAGAUCAGCCUUAGGCCAGGUGACCAAGUUACCUUCGGUCAGUCAGUCAGCCCAGCGGCCAGGAAGCCCAGCCAUUCCCAACGGCCUGGUAGUGCCCGCGCGGCCCUGGUCAGCUCCCGAACCAGACGAAGCUGAAAGCUGCAGAAUUAGGGUGGCGAUGUUAAUGCGCUGGCCCGCGUCUAUGGCGGCUGUCGACGUCAAAAUGCUAAAAAAACGAACCGGUUUCGGAUCGUAAUGCACUACCGAUAUAACUCGGGACUCGCUGC